AUGGCCUCGGAGCUGGAGGAGCGUUUGUGCACGGCUGUACGGGACAAGCUGCGGCUCAGGACAGUGCCGGGCUGGGGUGCCACCACACAGCUGCCCUCCACACGCUUGCUGCUAAAGAGACAGGAGAUGGUGGAGGUGGAGAAGGUCCUGCAGAGGCGGCGGGAGGAGUUUCGGCAGAGGAUGGAGCACCUGGCACGGCGCCGGCAGCGGCUGGGACAGCGGCAGGAGCAGCUCCGAGAUGCCAUCCUCAAAUUUGACACCUUCCUCAAGGCUUCGGCGGCAAGGCAGGAGCGGGCACUGCGGCGGGCGAGUGCGGAGCGGGCACGGGUGGCGGGACAGGGGGCUGAGGCCGCCCGCCUGCGCCAGGAGCUCGGGGAGCUGCUGAGGCACAGGGACAGCCUGGCCCGGCGCCUGCGGAGCCUCCGCUGCUUCGGAGACUACUUGAGGGAGGUGCUGGCCAGCACGGGGCAGUUCCAGGAUGUCCCGGCAAUGCUGGCCCAUUUUGUGGCACUGGCGAGGACACAGGCAGCCCUGGCACAACAGGCAGAAGCCAGGCAGGAGCAGCUGGCCCAGGUCCAGGCACGGCUCCAGCGGUACCAGGAGGAGGCCAGCAGUGAGCUCCUGCACACCAGCAAGGAGCUGGACCGGCUCCAUGCACGCCUGGAAGCCACUCGCCAUGAUGUGCUCCAGGAGGAGUCCCACUGGGCCCACAUCCAGAAUGUGGCUAGCCAGAAAACCCUGCUGCUGGGGCAGAUCAAGCUGGCAGUGCUCAACCUCUUCCAGCUCACCACUGCGAGGCUCGGGGUUCCUGUGGACGUGGACCUGGAGGAUACUGAGGCCCAACUGGACAUGGUGCUGCUCUGUAUGCGGGACCUGGCUGCCAUCUGUGCCGAGCUGCUUCCCAGGGAGCCAGGGCCAUGUCUCCCACGCUUGCCUGCAGUCACCAGCACACGCCACAGGGGUGCCAGGGUGCCUCUGGGCCAGGAAUAG